UUAUGACUGAGCAAACCCUUUUCAGUGACUUAAUUAGAUCUAAAUAACCCAUCUUCUCUCAGCCACUUGCCAUUCUUUUUUUAUUUAUAUCAUCUACAGAUACUGAGAGAGUUGCGACUUGAUUAGACAGGAAAGUGAGAGAAACGGAGCACCAAAACCCCAUUAGCUUUGACUGUCCAUUAUCAUUAUCAUCAUUAUUAUUAUUAUUAUUACAGCUCCCCCAGAACCCCCCCAAAAUACAAAGCAUCACCUCUGCACCAGCAGCAGCAGCAGCAGUGAAGAAAUUUAUGAUGCUUCCCACUGCUCUCUGCUCUUUUACUUACACCCUUCAAUGAAAACAUGGUGGUGGUUUAGCAGUAACUUUUGAAUGCUGAAAGAGAAGGAAAAAAAAGGGUUUAUUAUGGUUCGUUCUCCUUUAGCUUCUCUGCAACUUUUUGAUGAUGUUUUACUUUAUCAAGAUACUGACUGGUACUAACUGGUGACAACUUGGUUGGUGUGGCGCUUGUAAUUCAGAACCAAGUUUUUUUUUUCAUUUCAUCAUGGAUGGUUAUGAAGCAACUAGAAUUGUUUUCUCAAGAAUCCAAAGCUUAGAACCAGAAAAUGCUUCUAGAAUCAUGGGGUUACUUCUCAUUCAAGAUCAUGGUGAUAAAGAGAUGAUUCGUUUGGCUUUUGGUCCUGAAGCUUUACUUCACUCAGUGAUUCUCAAGGCCAAGAAGGAGCUUGGUCUUCCCAUCAACUCAUCUUCUUCAAGGCUCUUAGGGAGUAAUGGAGUUAAUCUUCCAUUUCUAUCAAUCCCUGGUACCAACCCUUCUACUUUUACUGGUAUGGUUGAUGAGUUUCAACUUCAAGACCAACUAGCUGAUGCUUGUGGUGGUAACACUGACUCAAUUCGUUUUCCUUCAUAUCGGGGAAACACCUCUUUUCAAAGGAGUAAUAACACUAUGACUGAUAUUUUAGGAGCUGAUGACCCUUCUUCAGCUAUUUGGUGGAGACCCUGUUUGUAUUUUGCUAGGGGGUAUUGUAAAAAUGGGAACAAUUGCAGGUUUAUCCAUAGUGGGGUUGGGGAGUCUGCUGCCGAAGGUGACACCAUUGUUGGGUCACCUAACAAGGUUGAAAUGAUGGACCAGAGCCAUGAGUUGCUUAGAUCUAAAUCAGCUAGGCAACAAAGGCUGGCUGCUGCUGCUGUUGGUGCUGCUCAGAUAAUGGGCUCUGGUUCUUUUCCAUACUCACCAAAGUCCAUCAAUUUAGUCCUUCAACAGCCCCAAAAUGAUACUCAGAGGGCUGGUUUAAUGAUGGGUGAUGAUAUGAACAAGUUCAACCGUUCAAGUCCAGCUUCAAGGCAGAUAUACUUGACUUUCCCAGCUGAUAGUACUUUCAGAGAAGAGGAUGUGUCAAAUUAUUUCAGCAAAUAUGGACCCGUUCAAGAUGUGAGGAUACCAUACCAACAAAAGAGAAUGUUUGGGUUUGUUACUUUUAUAUACCCUGAUACAGUGAAGAUGAUUUUAGCUAAAGGAAACCCGCAUUUCGUUUGCGAUUCUCGGGUUUUAGUGAAGCCAUACAAGGAGAAAGGGAAAAUCCCGGACAAGAAGCAACCACAACAACAAAAUGAAAAUGGAACCCUAACUGGUUUUGAUUCUAGAGAUCCAUUUGAUGUUCAACUUGGUACAAGGAUGUUUUACAAUAACCGAGACAUAUUAUGGAGGAGAAAAUUGGGGGACGAAACUGAUCUGCAACAAGCCCUUGAGCUUCAAAAUAGAAGGUUGAUGAGUCUGCAACUCCUUGAUGUUAAGAAACACUCACCAACCCUUUAUGGCCAGUCUCUUGUACUUCCACAAGAGAAUAGUUCUAGCCCUGUGCCGGCUAUAUCGGUCACUGCUGCCGAGAAACAAACAAGUACUGGUAAAGAAACAGUCAGUUCUGAAGAGAAUGGUAGUGAGAAGGAGAGCCCUCAUUGUGAAGAUGGCAAUCUGCCAGAAAGUUUGGAGCAUAACCUUCCUGAUAGUCCGUUUGCGUCUCCUGGGAAAGCCUCUAAAGAGUACCUGUCUUUCAACAAUGCGGUCACGGAGAAGGAUGGUACCAUCUCGGCUAACAAUAAUUGGAUUCCUUCGACCUUACUUCCUGCAAAUAAUGCAUUAGACAUGUCAUCCUUCAACUCCUUCAACUGCCAAAUCCCCAGGUUCUCAUCCGGACAAGGGACAAUCUGUAUGUACACAGGGACUGGCGGCCCGACUUGCCCCGUUGGAAUAUAGCUUCGGACAUCAUCAUCAAAUAUUUAUAUUUUUACUCACUAGUUUACUACCAUAAAAAAUGCAUACAUAAAAAGGCUAUGUUUCUCAUGUUGUAAUAUUGUUAUAAUCUUUGUUUUCAGCUGUCAAGUUUGGACCACAGUAAAAAAGCCAACAUAGAAGUAAAAAAGCAGAAGGAUCAUACUGUAAAAAUAUGUUGUAAAAACUGUAAUUUUCUGCCCGCAUGCAUAAUCCCAUUUUUGUACAGCUUCAAUGUAUAAGCAGGGAAAAACACCCAGAGGCAGAAAUGUUAAAAUGCAAGUUAGCCAUUAGUGAAAAAUUUUAAAGCUUUACGUCAUUGUUAUAUAGCUAUGUUAGAAUCUGUUCAUCGAAAAAGCUAAAGGCAAAAGAAUUUAGGUAAUUGCCAUUGAUUGAGGGGAAGGGGGAGGGGGGCUAAAAGACACGUCAAAUGGGUGGCCGACAGUAGAAGAGAAGUAGGACCAAAGUCAUAUGUUUUAGCCAGGUUGUAAGAAUGGGGGGACCUUACAGGCAGUAGCAGUCCCCUACCAUGUGACUGAGACUGAACCAUCAUUUUAUAGAUCUAGUAAUAAAGAACAGAAGAAGUGACUGUGAUGCUAAACGAAUGAGAAAAGUGCAGGUUGCAUUUUGAACAGUGGGGAUGGGGGGAAUCUUUUGGACAGUGUGUGGCUUUUGGCUUUGCUUCCUGCUGCCAUUGUUGCAGUAAAAGAUGUGUUUAAAAUUUUCUGCUACGGGGGACUUUUGUCAGCGUUCACUGCGGCCUGCUACCUUGAAUUCUGUAAUAAAAUUAUUGUUUAUUUACUUUUUACUUAAAA